CCAGCAGAAAGUGCUUUCAGCAGAAGAGUGGAAGGCAAAGGGCAAAACAACUUUGAAGAAACAAACAGCAAUUCCCAGAACUCCAGUGAGCCUUACACCUGUGGAGCUUGUGGAAUCCAGUUCCAGUUUUAUAACAAUCUCCUGGAGCACAUGCAGUCCCAUGCAGCUGACAAUGAGAACUACAUUGCCUCCAGCCAGCCCAGGUCACCUCUCCCUGUGGUUGAGGAAAAGUGGAAACCACAGCUCCAAAGAAAUAAUGCCAACAACACAUCAGCGAGCGGCUCGGUGGGGAACAGCGCGAUCCCGGAGAAGGAGCGGCAGAACAUCGCCGAGAGGCUCCUGCGGGUGAUGUGCACUGACCUGGGGGCGCUGAGCGUGGUGAGUGGGAAGGAAUUCAUCAAGCUAGCGCAGACCCUGGUGGAUAGUGGAGCUCGUUAUGGUGCCUUUUCCGUCACCGAAAUCCUUGGCAAUUUCAACACUCUGGCCCUGAAGCAUCUGCCUAGGAUGUACAACCAAGUGAAGGUCAAAGUCACCUGUGCCCUGGGCAGCAACGCCUGCCUCGGCAUCGGGGUCACCUGCCACUCGCAGAGCGUCGGUCCCGACUCCUGCUACAUCCUCACGGCCUACCAGGUGGAAGGGAACCACAUCAAGAGCUAUGUCCUGGGAAUUAAGGGGGUAGACAUUCGAGACAAUGGUGAUUUUAUCCACCACUGGGUGCAGAACGUGCUGUCGGAGUUCGUGAUGUCGGAGAUCAGGACGGUGUACGUCACGGACUGCAAGGUCAACUCCUCGGCCUUCUCCAAGGCAGGGAUGUGCCUGCGCUGCUCGGCCUGUGCCUUGAACUCAGUAGUGCAGAGUGUGCUGAACAAGAGAACGCUACAGGCUCGCAAUAUGCACGAGGUGAUCGAGCUCCUGAAUGUCUGUGAAGAUCUAGCAGGAUCCACAGGCCUCUCCAAGGAGACCUUUGGCUCCCUGGAAGAGAGCUCUCCCCCGCCCUGCUGGAACUCGGUCACUGACUCUCUGCUGCUGGUCCAUGAGCGCUAUGAGCAGAUCUGUGAGUUCUACAGCAGGGCCAAGAAGAUGAACCUCAUCCAAAACCUGAACAAACACCUGCUCAGCAACCUGGCAGCCAUCCUGGCUCCGGUGAAACAGGCUGUGAUCGAGCUGAGCAACGAGAGUCGCCCCACCCUGCAGCUGGUCCUGCCCACCUACGUCAAACUGGAGAAACUAUUCACUUCCAAAGCUAAUGAUGCUGGGGUGGUCAGCAAACUCUGUCACCUCUUCUUGGAAGCGCUGAAGGAGAACUUCAAGGUCCACUCAGCCCACAAGGUAGCCAUGAUCUUAGACCCCCAGCAGAAGCUGCGGCCCGUCCCACCCUACCAGCACGAAGAGAUCAUUGGCAAAGUCUGUGAGCUGAUCAAUGAGGUGAAAGAAUCCUGGGCAGAAGAACCAGAAUUUGAACCUUCAACCAAGAAGCCUCGUGCAGCAGGGGAAGCCACAGCAGCUCAGGAAGAAGAUUGGUUCGGGAAAAAUGAAGUGUAUGAUUAUUUGCAAGAACCUCUCUUCCAGGCCACCCCUGACCUGUUUCAGUACUGGUCGUGUGUUACCCAAAAGCAUACAAAACUAGCCAAGCUAGCCUUUUGGCUCUUAGCAGUGCCUGCUGUGGGUGCCAGGAGCGAAUGUGUAAAUAUGUGUGAGCAGGCUCUCUUGAUCAAAAGGAGAAGGCUACUCAGUCCAGAAGACAUGAACAAACUCAUGUUUUUGAAGUCCAACAUGCUUUAAGACUGUCUUUUAAUUAAAACAAAACUUUAAAACACUGUUCCAAACAAAGAAAAGAAUUUUAAGUUCUAAACACUGUGGACCUCAUUAUGAAUGCCCCUGGAAACCAAGUGCU